CGCAACGCUCUUAGCCUCUUCUAUUAUUUCUCCUUCCUUUCAUUCGUUUCUUUCAUAGUAGUGGAAACGAUACAAAGAAACCUCGCUCUCUCAAUUCUCGUCUCUCCGUCUUGAUUACCGAGAAAACGUUCGGACUCCGGCUCCUCCAUUUGUUUUCUUUCGGCAACAAGCGUCUGAAUAGCCAGCACGAUGGUUUCCUUUGAAAUGAGCGAUCGAAAGAAAAUUGGGUUAGGAUUAACGGGAUUUGGUGUAUUUUUCUCAAUUUUGGGAAUUAUCUUCUUUUUCGACAAGGGAUUGCUCGCCAUGGGAAACAUCCUUUUCAUAUCAGGAGUGGCCUUAACCAUUGGUCUGAAAUCCACAAUGCAAUUUUUCAUGAAGCGCCAAAAUUUUAAGGGAACGAUUUCAUUUUUUGUUGGCUUCUUUUUUGUUGUCAUUGGUUGGCCCAUCCUCGGUAUGAUAUUUGAGGCAUAUGGAUUUAUUGUGCUCUUCAGUGGCUUUUGGCCGACAUUGUCAGUGUUUAUACAAAGGAUACCUAUUCUUGGUUGGCUUUUCCGGCAACCAUUUAUCCGAUCGUGGUUAGACAGAAACCAGGGCAAGAGGGUACCUGUGUAAUCCCACAUACAAGAGGAAGUGGAACAAGUGGUGGCCUAGAUGACUUAAAAUUCAUGCUAUACGAGUUAGGAAAUAUUCUGAUUGAAGCAAACAGAAAGAAAAAGAACAGAACUGCAGUAAUUCUAAAAGAAACUUUGUGGGUUUUGAAUUUUGUCUAACCAGGUUUUGUUUGCUGAACUAGAGACUUAAAUUGGAGAGUUGAGUUGAAUUGACCGUUUUAAGGCCAUAUAUUUUCAGUUGAGAUGGGUCCGGAUUCUUUCCAUUUUAUUACUUUUCAAUACAUUUUGAAUCAUUCUUU